UUCCCGUCCCCGGUUCCGGUCCCCGGUCUCACGCCGCUCCCGGCGCUCCCGCCCCUCACUUCCCGUUCCUGCGGCCGCGGGGCCCGGCGGGCCCGGGGGUUCCGGGGGGCGCGGCCCGGCCCCGCCGCCCCGAGAGGCCUUGGAGCGGCACGGGGGGCCGCGGGGACACCGCGGGGCGAAGGCUGCGACACCCCCAGCGCCUGCUGAGGGCAGCGCGGCCCAACCGGGAGGCACCGAGUGUCCCCGCGGGUGACAACGGGGACCGGGGGGUGACACCGAUUUGGGAGGGGGGCGCUAGGCGGAACGUCGUUCCCGCGGCCGCGUUUCCAGCCGGGGCUGUUUUCUCUGCCCGGGGCGGUUUCGGGGGCGCGCCGGCGGAAGCGGAAGUGGCGGCGGGCGGGAUGGAGGAACCGGAGAUGCAGCUGAAGGUGAAGAAAGUGACGGACCGGUUCACGGAGAGCCUGUACGUGCUGGCCAACGAGCCCUCGGUGGCGCUGUUCCGGCUGCAGGAGCACGUGCGCCGCUCGCUGCCCGAGCUGGCCCAGCACAAGUCGGACAUGCAGAGCUGGGAGGAGCAGAGCCAGGGAGCCAUUUACACCGUGGAGUAUGCCUGCAGUGCCAUCAAGAGCAUGACUGACAGCAGUGUUUACUUCAAGAGCAUCGACAGCCUGCUCAGGCACUCCAUAGCCAUGAAGGAGCAGCUCAGCGCCGCCCAGGGCCGCAGCACCAUCACCCCCCAGCCCAAGAAUCCUCCAGGCACUUCCUGAUUUUCAUCCUGAAUUUCCCAGCCUUGGGAAAAAAUGGGAAAACCACAGGUAGAGAAGCCCCUGAAUUCCCAGGAACACAAAAAAAAAAAGAGCUGGAAAAUCCCAAAUCCUGAUUUUUGGGACCUUUUUUCCAUGGAAAAACGGGGUGGGUUUGUGUUUGUCCUCCCCAUUUUUCCCAGGCUUUUUUUUUCCCAAAAAAAAAAAACCAAACCAAAUGAGGUUUUGCUUUGGGAAUUUGGUAUAAAAAGCUGGAAUGUGAGCACAUUCUCCAAGCUUUUGUUGGGGAGGAAUUCUCCAUGGAGAAACUUCUCCAGCUGCUGCCAAGGAAUUGCUGGGUUUACUUUUAAUGAGGACGAGAAUAAAAAGGAAAAAAAAAAUACAAAAAUCCCCAAAAAACCAACAAGAAAAUUCCUUUUAAAGGUUUUCAGCUUUUCUCCUGCUGUGGGAGCUUGGAGCUCCUUUUUUAUCCUGGGGUUUCCAAGGGUAUGGAGCAAAAAAUGUGGAGUUCUAGGCUUUCAAAGGAGGAAAAAUUCCUUAAAAUCCUAUGAAAUAAAAAAAAAAGUUUUUUU